ACGUCAAAUUUUCCGCGGAGACCGACCAGAGAGACCCGAGCAAGAGAUAAAAAGAGAGAGCUCCUUCAUCGUACCCUCUCUGCGCCUUUUAUUGUUAAACCUUUUGAUUUUCUGCUCCUUAUUGUUCGCUCCUUAUUGGUUCGAUUUAAACGUCGGAUUAUAACAUCUCUACGUGCACAUAUCUACAUCUCUAUAACAUCUCUACAUUUCAUAACAUAUCUUACGCGGUAUGUUUUUUCGCGAGCACGCACAACUCAUCGCUCCCGACUUCUUUUGAACGCGACAAUACACUUUUGCGGUAAAUAAGUAAAUACAAAUAGAUAACGUCAUGACUCGCUACUGCCAAAUUAACUCAUCUUGGAUCCUACAAUAUACAAAUAAUUAGUCUCAAUGUCACCUAUAACAAUUAUUAAACUCACGAAUUUAAACAACGUUUAUACACAUUUACCAUUUAUUGAAUUUGUUUUUAUGCUUACACUUUAUUUAAAACAUUAGACGAAAUCUAUAAAAGGCUUUUUUGUAUCGAUCGACUAAUGAUGGAAAAUGAUUAAAUUAUUAUUUAAUAGAUUAUUAAAUUAUAUUAAAAUAUAUUUUAUAAAUUAUUAUUUAAUCCUUAUUAUAUUUAAUUAGUUUAUACAAUAAUGCGCUUGAUUGAAUGUACAGAUAAAUAGUUUAUCCCACACAACGUCUAAUCGAGACAUAUAAGACAUCUAAAAGACGUCUUAAAGAAGUCUCUCAGACGUCGGAAUAUGAGAUCUCUAAGACGUCUUUAAGACAUGUUAUGUCCCGAUUUUAGACGUUGUGUUGUGUGGGAUAACAAUGCAAAAAUUUCUUCCACGACAAAUACAUUGCUAAGUCGUGAUAAAUUAAGCAAUAAGAAUUCCAAAGCGGUAUAGCAAGUGAAAUGUUUAUUAUGAUUAAGCAUUUUUCUUUAAGAAUCGAUCGUAUGAUUUCACUAUUUUCCAAGCUGACGCUCAUGGAUAAUGGCUAUACCAAUGACGCACUCCUUCUUAGUUAUCGAGUGAGUUGCACGAGUUACCGAGCAAAUUGGCCUUGACUUCCAAAUUGCUCUCUAGAAUUAAACUGAUGUAAAGUCUCCCGCGAAUUGCAAUAUUAAAGGAGUACGUCUUUUUUUUAUAUUGAGCUAAUUUUAUCGGUUGUUUUGUCAUUCUAUGUGUGUAUUUGAACCGAUGUAACAUGUAUAGAAAAGUAGAUAAGGAAAUAAUGUGUAUGCAAAAAUAAGUAGUAAAGUGAGAAGAUUGAAAUGAGGAAAUUUCGAUGACACAGUUUAUCCUGACUGGAACAGGGAGGGAAUCUUAGUGAGCGUAUAUAAGGACUAAAGAUUGUUUAAUCACAUUCAGUCUUGACACGUCCGUUCAAUCUUACGAUUCAGCUUUUAUUUGCGUUCGAUUUUUUCUUUCACAUUUUUCAAAGUUACGCGUAAUACAAUAUUCGAGUAUUUUCAAGAUCGCAUAAAUAUCUAAUCGUAUAUGAUGGCAGACAUUGCAGAACCACCGCCAAAACUUAUACAUGGUGGGAAUUACAUCAAAGAAGGCUGGGAUUCGGCUAAAAGUAUCUGCUUGAUUUUCGGCCCCAAGGAAGAGGACGAGAUUGGCUCGCUAGGGCGAUAUCUUCAACUUUUCGCCAAACACAAAGUGAAUCUCUUACACAUCGAGUCUAGAAGUUCUCUUCGUCAAUCAAAUGGCUACGAAUUUAUGGUAGAGUGCGCACCGGGUGGCGAUAUCGCUUCGGCGAUUGAAUCUCUACGAAAUCAGUGCAGCUAUUUUUCAAUCAUCUCUAGGAAUCAUAAAGACAAUAUGAACACAGUACCAUGGUUUCCACGAAGAAUACGCGAUCUUGACAAGUUUGCUAAUCAGAUUCUAUCGUACGGUGCAGAACUCGACAGCGAUCAUCCCGGUUUCACUGAUCCCGUGUACAGAAAAAGAAGAAAAUAUUUCGCCGAUAUCGCUUAUCAUUACAAACACGGACAACCCAUUCCGAAGGUGAAAUACACACCCGAAGAAAUAGCCACAUGGGGCAUAGUCUUCAAGAAAUUAACGAAACUCUACCCGAAAUACGCUUGCAGAGAGCAUAAUCAUGUUUUCCCGCUACUUAUCGAGAACUGUGGUUAUAGUGAAGAUAAUAUACCUCAACUCGAGGAUAUAUCCAACUUUUUGAAAGAUUCAACCGGUUUCACGCUACGUCCCGUAGCAGGGCUGUUAUCCUCGCGCGAUUUUCUUGCCGGGCUGGCCUUCAGGGUGUUUCACAGCACGCAGUACAUACGACACAGCAGCAAACCGUUCUAUACGCCAGAACCGGACAUAUGUCACGAGGUUUUAGGCCAUGUACCGCUUUUCGCUGAUCCGGCCUUUGCACAAUUCUCACAGGUCAUCGGUUUAGCGUCUCUUGGUGCUCCGGAUGAUUACAUAGAAAAACUUGCCACGUGCUUUUGGUUUACGGUGGAGUUCGGACUGUGUCUGCAAAAUGGAAAAUUGAAAGCAUACGGCGCCGGUCUGCUUUCGUCCUUCGGCGAGUUAGAAUAUUGCUUAAGCGACAAGCCAGAAUUACGGACGUUUGAUCCGCCAAAGACGGCGUUGCAAAAAUAUCCGAUAACGGAAUAUCAACCCGUAUACUUCGUUGCAGAAAACUUUGAAGACGCAAAGGAAAAGAUGAUAAAAUUCGCGCAAACUAUACCAAGGAAUUUCGGCGUCAGAUACGACCCUUACACGCAGAGUAUCAACAUCAUCGAUAGCAAACAACAAGUGGAAACUCUUACAAACAACCUGAAUCAAGAAGUGCAAAUCUUGAUGGAUGCUUUGAAGAAGUUGCAACAUUAAAAUUAACUAUAAAAAGAAAAAUUCUUUGAAGAUGUUUUAUAUUGAAAAGUAAUAAUAAAAUCAACAAACUAAGAUUAUGGAUUAAAACAAACUAUAAUUCUGAUAUGUUGCACAUAUUAGAUUAUUCAUAUGGCUGAAAUUAUGCAAAUUUAAAUAUUUAAUUGGCAUAUAUAUAUAUAUAUAUAUAUAUAUAUAUAUAUAUAUAUAUAUAUAUAUAUGAAACAGAAGUUCUCAUAACAAUUGCAACACGGUGAGCAAAACUAUUAGAAACAGUUUGACUUUAACUUGAUACAAGGACACAACAUAGUUAUCUUGGUUAUUGUUUUAUCACUUUGCUAUUAUAAUUGUUAUAUAUGUUAGUUAUGAAUGUAGAUACGUAGUUCUAUGGUUAGAAUUUAAUGAAUGUAGAAUGUCUUUAGAUCAUAGGUCUGUUCGUCUUUUCAAAGAAUUUCUGCAUUAGUUUAGAUGUUCUUUUGAUUCAAACGCAAGUACAAAUUUGAUGACUAUCAGCGCUCUCUGGCUCUCUGUUUUGACAGGCCGCAGUGAGUUGUAGGUUGAGAUUAGUGUUUUUCAUAAACAAAAAACUGAAAGUAAAAUAUAAAUAAAGUUUAAAAUAAAAUUGUAAAACACAUAUACAAUAAUAUAUAACUGUUAGUUAUAAAUAAUUGUAGUAUAUAAAUGUGAGUAUUAUAUAUUGUUAUGAUGAUUGUACAAUUGAUUUUUUAGAUUGUUUUUUAUUUUAACUUAUUUUUUAUGUUGUGUCACGUAUUUAUCAUAUGUAACAGAGUUUACUCAUAUAAGAAUAAUAUAUUAAUUUUAAUAACAUA